AUGACUCGAGGAAAUGAAACGUUGACCGAACGUAUGGAUCAAAUGGUGUCAAAUUUAACUCCCAUACAUCCGGAAAGAUGCAUCUUCAGGGUUCCCAAUGUAUUGCGGGAUGGAAACGAGGAAUUGUACGAGCCGAAGGUGAUCGCCAUCGGUCCUUAUCACCGAGGCAAACCUGGCCUAGAUUCUAUGGAAGAGAACAAGAUUCGGUACCUGCGAAAUAUUCUCCAAAGAACAGGUAACCAGAGUGUAGACUGCUUGAUCCGAGCCGUCGUGCCGCAUGAAGAAAAAGUAAGAAAAUGUUAUGCGGAGAGUAUAUGCUAUCUUUCGAGUGAUGAAGUAGUCCAAAUCCUCGUGUUGGAUGGAUGUUUCAUUAUCCAACUCUUUUUUGGGUAUGAGAUGAUGGGACCUGAAAUCAUUGAUGAAGACCCAGUGAUUAACUCCAUGGUCUUGUUAAUUGCGUUGGAGAAUGACAUGUUAUUAAUUGAGAAUCAGAUUCCAUUUUUCAUACUUGAAAUCUUGUUUAACACUAUUCAUCCUCAUCCCUCUUUUUGUAAUGAACUCAAACGUCAAAUCUUAGUCUUCUUUUAUCACAAGCUUAAAAUGUAUGGUUGGACGCGGGAAGACAUGUCUAACCUGUUCCUUGGCGAAAGGUUUAUAAAUGAUGGUUUGACUCCCCAAGAAAUUGAGCAAUUAUUUACCAAAAACGUAUACCAUUUGCUGGACAUUAUCCACAUUGCUAUAUGCUUCAGAUUCAAUGAAAGCUCGCCUACUGCUUCUCCAUUACAAAUUGAAAAGGUGUUUGUUAAGUCGGUUACAAAGCUCAAAGAAGCCAAUGUUAGAUUGACUGCGUCCUCAUCAUCCGAAAAAAGAAGCAUAUUUGACAUAACAUUUAAGGAAGGAAAGUUAAAGAUUCCAAGUUUGGGUUUAACUGAUAGUUCUGAAUUUGAGAUUCGAAAUUUGAUUGCAUUAGAGUUGUGUCAAAAAGGGCACAAGCGGAGGAGGUAAUAUAUCCCAUGAUUAUCAUAAACUCAAGUGAAAGUAAUUAUAUAUAUAUAUAUAAUUGAUCAUGUUAUUCUAAUUAUAUGUAGAUUUUUCUGUGAUUAUGUGAUAUUCAUGGAUCAUCUAAUUGCCUCAUCCGAUGAUGUCGACUUUCUUACACAUCGCAGCAUCUUUCACAACCUAAUAGUAGAUGCCAACUUCGUGGUCAAUAUGUUUGGGAAGUUAACAAAGAACAUUGUAACAUCUGAUUCUUAUACUUAUUCUAAAAUCUCCACAGACU